AUGCCUUUGGCUAGAGAUUUACUAUGCCCAGGUUGCUACAAGAUUACCACAGUUUUCAGACAUGCUCAGACAGUGGUUCUUUGUGUAGGCUGUUCGACAGUGUUGUGCCAGCCUAUGGGCAGGAAGGUCAGACUCAAAGAAGGCUGUUCAUUUAGAAGAAAGCAACACUAAUGAUCUAUACAAUUUCCUGCAAUUGUGUUUUCUCACAGAAAGCCUUAAGUUCAGUUACUCU